AUGCUGCCUGGAUCGGGAACAUUUCCUUUUCCAAAGAACACUGAUAUUCCCCGUGGCAGCAAGAGCUCGACAGUUGCCGACGACAUGCCGACAUCACGCGCAGUACCAGUACUCCGAGGACCCCUGCCGGAUUUUAUCAAUAUCAAUAUCAUCUGGCCGGAAGACAGCUCUCAACCUGCCGUACAGAUCCGCCGCGCCAUCGCGCUUCACUUGGCGUCCAGUCCCGACAGCCGCCUGGGCCCCCUGCGCGUCCAGUUGCCGAACUUAUCUUGGCACUUGCGCCGAAACUACCCUGACUUAUGGCUCAACCCGGCGCACAAAUGGCCUAAGUUGAAGGUCCUGCUGCUCGACGACGGUAGCAGAAACGCGUUCUUAUGUCAGCGAGACGAGGAGGGCCGGGACGUGGUGGUGCUGAACGCCACAGCACUUCAAGCGAUGGCGGCGGCGGCGGCGGCGCCGCCAGCGGUGGUAGAUCGGGACCCGAUGAUCCCGAAACCGGCAGCGCAGCGCGGCGACGGGGGCGCCGGAGCCGGCCCCCUGCCAACGAUGUCAGGCGAACCCUCCGUACCUUCUGCGGCUGCAGCAGCAGCGGCGGCGCCGCCCGCCGUAUCGCUAUCGUCGCCACCGCAGCUACCUUCGCCAUUACCAGCUCGGCAGCGUCCGUCCGCGCCACGUGCUGCGCGCGCUGCACCGCAGCCGUCGGCAUCGCCGCCGACACAAAGCAACGUACACGGCCCUGUCAAGUCGUCAGCCCUGCCGCCAGCCGCGACCUCAGGCCGGGGCCGACCCACGGCUCCUUCCCUGGACCAGGACGAGAAAUUCAACGCUGAUCUACAGCUCUUAGUACGUCACGCGCUGGUCGCCGACCCGCGCUUCAAUGAGCAGCAUGUACGGCUGCUACGAGUCACGGCCGUCUGGCUUGCUACCAGCCCUCAGCCCUCCCUAGGGUCGUACAGCGCAACGUUGACCAACAUCCGCACCUUCCUCAUGAAGGAGCAUGCCGGAUUCUGGUACGGCACAGAUUCCUGGCGGCCGCCUUUGGGGGAACUCUUAAAGAGUCCUGCUGCUCGAGGAAUCUUCCAGGUUGGCGGAUCCCAUCAGCCGGAGGGAAGCAUGGGCGAGUUAGUGAGCCUACGUUUGGAUGCGCUUCUGCAGGCGGCUGCCAUCGGCGGCCGCGGCCGCGGCGGCGCGCCUAAGGCGGCGGCGGCGGCGACGGGCCCGUUGGAGCUGGUGCCUGACCAUCGUCCGCUGCAUGCGGCUGCUCCACAACAGGCGGUUGCGAGCAAGGAAAAAGAAAAGAAAACGAUUUCGAAGGGAUCAAACCCACGACCCGUGCAGCUAGGAGUUCUGGUGGCUUCUGAGCGGGUCUUGGAAAAGCAGCAGCGGCCGUUGGUCCUCGAAUCCAUUACUGAUGCCGCAGCAGCAGUAGCAACGAAAGCUUCAAGAGGAGGUCCUGCAGGAUCUGGAUCGGCGCCGGUAUCUCGUACGGCACCUGUACGAACGUCAUCAGCGGCCUCGGCGCCGCCGGUGGCGUUGCCAUCGUCAGCCUUAUCGCCUGGUUUAUCCAAGCCGCCGGAAGGGCGUCCAGAUGCUGACGUCAGCUCGGAUCUAUCUGCAGUAGCCGCAGAGACAUCGAAAGCUGCAGCUGCGGCAGUAGCAACGAGGAAAGGAACGAUGGUGGCGUCGUCGUCGGUAUCGGCUGCAGUGGCGGCUGCGGUGGCGGCGGCCUGGCCCGGUAGUGAUGCGGUAUCGCGCGUGCGCCGGCGGGCGGCGGAGCUGCUGGCGGCGGUGACGGAGGCGGAGACGGAUCGCGGCGGCGCUGGCGAGCCUUACACGAUGAUGAUGACGCGUAUGGGCCAGCUGCUUCACGCCUCGGAGGCCGCUGCUCUGACGGAGUGGCGAGCUGCGGCGACUAAGGCGGCUGGGAGCACCAAGCUGGGAAACCUGCUGAACGAGUGUACGAUGACUCGUACGGCAGCAGCAGCAGCGCUUCCCGACGCUACUGCUGCUGGCGGUGGCGGAGGAGUCACGGAACGCCGGAGAGCUUAUCUGAUUGUCGCAUGCGGUGUCGUACAAUUGGAUGUAGAAGCGCUCCUUGCAGACGCCGCUGAGAAUGAUCGUGAGAAGAGGAAGUACGGUGGCGGCGGCGGCGGCGGCGCCAGUGAAAGCACCGCAUCGCCUGGAAGUCCGCCGCCGCCAUCAUCGCUGGCGUUGCAGGAAGAGGGCAGCUGUGCACCCUGUGAGCCGAUAAUUCUGGAGGCGGCGGCGGAUACUGCUGCUGUUACUAGCGUUGCAGCUCCCGCCGGUACGGCGUCCUGCAGUGCGAAAGGUGACGGCGGCGACAGCAAUGGCGGCAGCGGCGAUGUAAUAGCGGAUGCAGCCCUUCGCAUGGCCGCUAGUACGGCGCUAGGCGGCUCCAAUUCAAUUGUCGAGGUGGCGGCGCCGGCGCCGGCGGCAAAGACCGCAGAUCUAGGCUGUACGACCACCAGCGAUGAUGGCGGCACCGCCGUCGCUGCUUUUGCCGUCGUCGCGAGCUCCGACGACACCACGAUCAGCGGCGUCGCCAACGGCAGCGCUGCCGCCGCCCUGGCGGACGGAGACGCGCAGCAGCACACCCGCCGCACCACACACCCGUCGUCAUCGCCACUGUUACCGCAUCUGCCGCCGCCGCUGGCUGAAGGUACCCCAACGCCGGCGUCGCUGCUGCCCCCGCCGGUGGUAAAAACUGCCGUACUGACGGAACCCGAACUGGAAACAGAGCCUGACGUGGCACAGCUCCACGGCGGCGCCGCCAGUGACGUUCCUGCCGCCGCCGCCGCCGCCGCCGCCGCUGGUCCCCCAGCGGCCGCGGCAGCUGAUGUGAAUUCCCCAGAUGCUCUGGAGGCGCCAGUACCGCCGCCGCCGCCGCCGCAGCAGCAGCAGCAUGAUUCUGUAAGCGAGGGGCUCAGCACUGCUGCUGCCGCCACAACGCCGGCAGCGGCGGCGGCGGCGGCGGCGCCGCUGCCCUCGGUGCUUGCAGAUGCCGUAGCGAAGGCCUGGCCUGACUCCGACAUGGCGAGUCGCCUCCGGCAGCUGGCGGCUGCGGCGCUGAUGGAGGGGGCUGCGGGGGGCGGCCCCUUAGGCCCGUGGAGCAUGCUGUGGGCCCAGAUGGCCGCUCGCAUCCACAAAGACGUUCCCAACGCUCAUCAGCGUCUGCUGGCGGAGUUUCCCCCGGCUACGUUUAAAAACAAGAAAACUGCCGUACGCGCCGUAAUGGACGAGUCGUCAUUUCCGCCGCUGCCGCCGGCAUCGGCAACGGCUUCCGAAGCGCCGCGAGGCGCGUUCCUGCGUGUCGUACAUAAUGUGUACGACUAUGUCGUACAGCUUGAUUUACCGGCGCUGUUGUCCUGGGCGAUGGAGAGGCGCUUGGAGGCGCUGUGGGGCCCGUCGGCGGCGGCGACGGCGCCGUCAGCGGCGGCGGUGAAGCGCUGUAUUGCGCGACUGCUAGCGGCGGCGCCGCCGCCGUACCAGCUGGAGUUUACCCGCUUGGGCUCAUACGUUCGCAAGUUGCUGGACGGCCAUGUCGUACGGGGCCUCCAAAAGAUUUGCCGUCAGGACCCAGAUAUCUUUGCAGUAUCACUACAGAGCAAGGAUCAUUACGUCGUACGUCUGGUGGACGAGCAGUUGCUGGCCUUGGCGGCGGAGCUGAAGGAGGCGGUAACGCGGAGAGUCGCCGACAGCGGCGGCUCCGAAACCACUGCUUCUUCUGCCCUUGUUUCUGCUUCUCCUUCUACUGCUGCUGCUACAGCUACAGCUACUGCUAUCGCGGCGGCGGCGUCCUCGGCGUCAUCGCCGCGACCGCGUUCGUCGUACGUUCAACCUUGCCAGAGUUGCCAGAGCGAGAUCGAACCUACUAAGUCGCCGUUAGUACCCAAGUCCAAGGCCAAGUCCAAGGCCAUGCCGCCGCCGCCGCCGUUGCCGCCGCCGAAAGUUAAGGCGCCGCCUCCGCAGCAGCAAAAACCGCAGCAGCCGCCCCCUGUGUCGGAGGUUCUGCAGGAGGCCCCGGGGCGCGAAGACGUGCAGCAGCAGCAGCAGCAGACGACGACGACGACGACGACGACGAAGCGCCGGCGGCGGCAGCAGCAAAAACAGAAGCAACUUCAACAGGGGGACGCCGAGGGGGACGCCGAGGGGGACGCCGAGGGGGACGCCGAGGGGGAGGGGGAGGGGGAGGGGGAGGGGCUUCUCCUGCAGGGGCCUCAGGAGGAGGAUCCGCCCGCGCCCACACACGUAUACCCGUAUGUGCCCGUUCCGAUCCCUGUUCCUUACACGGACGACGACGACGAUGACGAGGAAGGGGAGCCAACGCCAAGUACGGCGGCGCCGUUCGUCCCUUAUCCAGCGGCGGCGGCGGCGGCGGCUCCGGCAGCGGUGCCAGACCGUGAUGCCGUACGGGCAGAUAUUACGGCAGCCGCCGAGAGCGCUGUCGGCUGGCUGCUGGGGUACGAACAUCCCAGCGGGGGCGGGCCGUGCGCCUGGGCAGCGGCGGCCAUAGCGGGGGCUUCCGUACAGGCUGUGGUGGACCCGUACGGCCCUGAGGCCGGUACGAUGAGGGACCAGUGCCGUACAUGUACGCAGGUCCGCUGCCUAGAAGCCGCCUGCGGCGGCGCCGUCACCGCGCCCCUGGUCGACACCCAGAUUCUGCUCUGCGGCAUCUCCUUCAUGCUCGGCCUGCCGCCCGUACCACCCUCUCCUAACCCCUCCGGUGUCGACGUGCCCCAAAACCAACACCAACGCAACCAGCAGCACACACUCGGCAGCCCGAAUCCAACGAGCCCCAACAACUUACUGUACGGCCUGCAAGCCGAUCUGGCUGUCGUACACGAUUACGUCAGCCGUUUGUACGACGCACUCAAGGGCAUAGGGCUUUGGUCGGAGCGGCCGGGCCUCCUGGAGGCGCUGGUGCAGAGGCACUAUGCGGGGCUCCGGAGGAGUGUGCUGGAGUCGCGCAUGCGGGAGGAGGGGGGUUCGGGGGGAGGCCCGGUGUCGGCGGUGAUGGCGGCGCUAUGGCUGCCACGGCCUCUGGGGUUGGCGCAGGUGGCGGUCCUGGCGAGCGGCGUAACGGCGCUUCCGGAGAUUUGGCUGGCAAUGGUGGAGGAGGCUGUGCUUUGGGUGGCAGUGCACGCGCCCAUAAAUGAGAUGCACCGGCUGCGCAGUACGGAGGUCACCGAAGCAGCGGCGGCGGCGGCGGCGCCGCCGCCGUCGCCAUAA